AUUUUGGGGUGAACUAACCCUUUAAACACUAAUUUCGCGAUUGUGAUUCACACAAGGUGUGAUUUGUGGGCAUUCUACACUUCGCUGCUCUACUAUUUGGAUGCAGGUUAAUAAUGUAGACUGACAGCUCCAGAACAUAUUAAUGGGUCAUUAAAUGCUAUAUUUUCAGUGAUUUUAACAGAGGUGUUUGUGUUGGACAUUAUAGAAGACUGUAGUUUCAAUGUUGGAGAAAACUAUUUUGAGUUCCCCCCGCUAUUUUCGUCUUCCGGUUUUAAAAUCUACACGGGUUGUGACGUGACAAAUCAUUAUAGUACUUCGAUGACGCGUCGGUGUCUCAUAAUUAUCAUUCUAUAAUUAUUUCUUAUGACAGACAUGUCAGACUGUAAAAUCACGUAGUAGCUGAGGGAGGAGUUGAUGGGUCGCAGGUGUUUGUUUCCGUGGUGUAAGAGUUCGAGGGUGUUGCAUGGCUUUCCCCGCGAUGCUGCCAGGGCUAAACUCUGGCUGCGGGCGGUUGGUUGGCCACCAACUACUGACACAUCGAAAUUGUUUGUAUGUAGCAAGCAUUUUUCCCGGGAGAGCUAUGACAAUUGGAGGAAGGUGGACUUCGGCCUUGCUCUUGAAGGCAGUUUGCGUCUAGGCAAAGAUGCGGUACCAAGUCCUGAGGAUUUUUCCAUCCCUUCAAAGGCGUCCAAGACAUGUCGUGAAAUGGGAUGCCAGACGGAGGAGCCCAGCGCCAAAGAUGAUCAAUGCCAAACCGUCCAUGACUUGAAGCAGCGCAGCUGGAAACUUGAACUAAAGAGUGAACCCCCAGAACAGCCAGCGAAACAGCAGGAAAUGGCUGCCUUGGACGUGGACAGCAGUCAGAGCGACUUUCUGCAGCCGGCCAGCGGCGCCCAGGACCAGCAGACCACAGACCUCACGGCCAUCCAGUUAACGGGCUCCUCUGAUCGCUGGGAGGUUCUAACGCCUGUGAGCUCAGUGAAAGACGAGCCAUCAGUAGUGCAGGUACCCAGCGGAGGGCUUCUGGGCAGCAAUGGGCAAUAUGUGGUGCCACUACAGACUAUGGCAGGGCAGACUCAGCCUGUUUUUGUGACAGCUGGGGUAGAUGGCACCAGUGCUAAUGGGGUGCAAUACCAGGUCAUCCCUCAGCUCCAGGGGACGGAUGGGGCUUCACUAAGCUAUGCAGCACCCACUGCAGACGGAAGCACGCUUGGCACUGACAUUGCUAUCCUUCCGGAUGGAACGCAAGGCAUUGCCACCAAUGCUAAUGACCUUCAGGGCCUACUGAGUCAAAGUGGGCACGUGCAGCAGAUACCCACCGUCUCAUUGGCCGGCUCAGGGUUUGGCACGCAGGGCCAGGUUGUCGCUAAUAUGCCGAUGGGGCUGCCAGGCAACAUCACUUUAGUGCCGAUAAAUAGCUUGAGUAACGUGGAUCUCGAGUCUCUGGGAUUGGCUGGGGCUCAGACUAUAGCGACAAGCGUUACCGCAGAUGGGCAGCUCAUCAUGACCGGUCCCACCACCUCAACAAGCGAUAACCAGGGUGAAAGCGGCAAAUGCACAGAGCCACUUAACGCCAAUGACGCUAACGCUAAUGCCUUUGUGCCAACCUCCACCUCUUCCACGACUACAUCACUUCCUGAGACAAUAGACGGAACUGGAGUUCUCACCCAAGCCACUGCGGUAUCAGCCGGGCAGCAGGAUCCAUCUUACAUCCAGCAGAACCAUACGUCUGGUGGCGAACCGGUGGUGCAACUCUUACCAGCGCAGACGGCGGAUGGAACUGCGCAGACACUACAAAGCGUGCAGCUGUUGAAUGCUGGUACGUUUCUGAUCCAAGCUCAAACCGUCUCUCCUACCGGCCAGAUCCAGUGGCAGACCUUUCAGGUUCAAGGAGUUCAGAAUCUGCAGAAUCUGCAGCUGCCGUCUGCUGGUGGCGUCUCAUCUCCCCAAAUUACCCUCGCCCCAGUGCAGACCCUUUCUCUCGGGCAAACUGGCACCACGGGCGCAGUGGGGCAGAUCCCGAACCUUCAGACAGUCACGGUCAACUCCGUUGGUCAGUACCAGCAAGAUGAGAACACAGAGAGCCACUCAGAUAUUCAAAUUAAAGAGGAGCCAGAGUCAGAUGAUUGGCCAAAUUCCACCCUGAACACCAGUGAUUUGUCGCAUCUGCGUGUGCGGUUGGUUGAGGAGGAUAUGGAGGGAACAGGCCAAGAGGGAAAAAGACUACGCAGAGUAGCCUGCACUUGCCCCAACUGCAAAGAGGCUGGAGGAAGAGGUUCAAGUAUGGGAAAGAAGAAACAACACAUUUGUCAUAUCCCUGGGUGUGGUAAGGUGUACGGUAAGACGUCUCACCUCCGAGCUCACCUGCGUUGGCACUCAGGAGAGAGACCCUUCAUUUGCUCAUGGAGUUACUGUGGCAAGAGAUUCACCCGCAGCGACGAACUCCAGCGUCACCGCAGAACACACACAGGAGAAAAGAAGUUUGUGUGUCAAGAGUGCUCGAAACGUUUCAUGCGCAGCGACCAUUUGGCCAAACACAUUAAAACUCACCAGAACAAAAAAGGGCUAAACUCCAACACUGGGGCAGGUCAGACAGAAGCUGCCGCCCCCUCGGACACCAUCAUCACCGGGGGUGGAGCCACUCUCAUCCUCACCAAUUUGCAACAGGCUGGCACCCAGGACCUCCUUUCAAACUCCGACCUCCCACUCCAGUUGGUCACUGUGUCUGCCAGCGAGGUCAUGGAGUGACCAAAAUCAUGCCCACUUUCACAGCUUGUCUGCUUUUCACUAUCAAUUUUUAUAUAUAUAUGAUAAAAAAUAUAUAUAUAUAUUAUAAAUAUAUAUAUUUUAAAAAUGACUUAUCCAUUUAUGUUCAAUAGCAGUCUUUUGUACAAACAAGGCAAAAAAUGACAUUAAACGUGGUUCCAGUUUCCACCGACACACACACACGCACACACACACGCUCAUAUUAUGAACUCGUGCUCAUACACAAAUACAUACACAGAAAUGCCUUAUUUUGUAUCAUAAUCUGUAGUAUAAAAUGCUGGAGUUGCAUGUGUUUUUACUUUUGCUCAUGUAUAUGUUCAGGGGACGAUCAUUUGAGAGAGUGUGAUUGUGUUAUGGUACACGGAAAAGCCCGGAUGUGUGUGAGUGAUGACAGUGAGACUGUUCUGUAAGAAUGACAGCAGGAGAAGGACACAGUCUGCUGUGAGGGAGACUUACUCAUGAUCUGUCCAUUUUUAUCCUCCCCUCUCGGCUGGCCUUCGUCCAAAUGUGUCUUCACUCUUUGCUUUUAUUUUUAUUUGAUGUCAUGUUAGUGGUCUUUGCGCCCUCGGUCACGUGUCCUCUGGAUCUUGUUCGAGGAUCUUCUGAUUUCAUUGUUCUGCUGCCCACAUGCAACUCGAACAAGACAUCAGGUGGCAGAGUCAAACAAUCGUGUAAUAAACUUUAUUUUUCUUGUA